GUUUGUAUUCAAUUUCUUAAAAAAUUUACUGAAACUUUAACGCCGUCUGUCAAAGAAAAUGUAAGUCUUAUUGAGAAAGAGUUCAUAAAGACUUGUGGAAAGGCAUCUGGCAAAGAUAAUCGAUUCUGUUAUUAUUUGGGCGGUACGAGUGACGCAGCUACAAAGAUCUUGAAUGAAAUAACCAAACCUAUUAGCUACAGCAUACCUACGGAGAAAAUAUGUGAAAAGCUUAAGAAAAAAGAUACGCAAAUUUGUGAAUUGAAAUACGAUAAAAAGAUCGAUUUGAAGAAUGUUAAUUUGAAGAAACUGAGAGUUAAAGAUCUAAAGAAAAUCUUGAAUAACUGGGAUGAAGAUUGCAAAGGAUGUGUAGAAAAGACGGACUUUAUCAAGAAAAUCGAAGAUUUGAAGAGAAAGCAUGUAGAAUUAUGAUAGCAUAAGAACAAUAUUAUCUAAUAAAGUCCCACGGAGACCAUUUGAU